UGAACUAUUUUUAGUUUGGGAUCAAAGUGGAACCUAUAAAGCCACCCUGCUGAGAUUGCUGUGAGUCAUCCAUAAUUUACUAAUUUGGUGUGGCUGUUGUUUUUGUGAUUUAGUUCAAAUGUUCACAAUUCAUUAGAAGAGUUCACUAAGCUUAGCUCAGUGCCAACAUAAAUGAGAUUCCAUCUCAUUCUUUCUAGCACCAUUGUUUCUUGAUUUCAAGUUCCAAUCACUCUUGCACCCCCUGCAGCCAUCUCACUUCUUGCAAAUCUCUUAUAAAGAUGGAUUAAGCAAAUGGCAAUGCCCCUGCAAAUUUCUAAAUCUAUGCUUAUCAUGUCAGUGUAGAAUAUGUGAAGUAAUGUAAGCAGACAAAGAUGAGCUUCUUUGAUUGGUUUCAAUAAGUUAAAAGCUGCUGAAUCAUCCUUGUGUUUGUGCCAUUGAGCCUCAUUGAGAGCUUUUAGUUCACUCGAAUAAAGAAUAAAGCAUCAUGCAAGUUCAAUUCAGCAUAUUUGCUUUCUCAGGGUUUCAGUUUUUGUAUGGCAGUGCCGCAGAGGGCACUCUCUUAACAAAACCAAGGGAAAAAUUGUUCUCUUCUACUGAUUACUGAAGGGUUAGAGUGGGAAGGUGUUGAUUUCAUAAACAAAUUUGACUUCGAUUAAUUCCAUUCAUUUCUUGGAUGGAUCCAGGAUUAAGAAAAUGGCCCUAUAUGACAAAAACAUAAACGAGCCCACAUGACAAAUGGGCUAGCUAGUUCGAAGGUACUGGUAGGUAAAUUGGGCUCGGCUCCAACAUCGUUCUAGAAAAAUUUGACCAAAAAAUAUUUAAUCAAAUGUAGAACAAAAGGGUCAGCGUGGAUGACCGAAGGGAUGCAGCCUAUGCUGUUAACGAAGCCGACAGUUCUUCUUGCCGUGACCCUCUGUAGCACCAUCAUCUUCGUACUAUUUUUCCAACCGCGCCAGCUGUCUUCUUCUCGAAGACGGGGCUCCAUGGCUGCUCGAAGCCUUGUUCUUUGGCUUCACGGGCUAGGUGACUCUGGGCCCGCCAAUGAACCCAUCAAGACCCUCUUCAGGUCUCCUGAGUUCAGAAACACCAAAUGGUCUUUCCCUUCUGCUCCUCAAAACCCCGUUACCUGCAACUAUGGAAUGAGGAUGCCUUCUUGGUUUGACAUUCAUGAGAUUCCUGUGACAGCUGAUUCUCCAAAAGAUGAAAGUGACAUUCUUAAAGCAGUUCAGAAUGUGCAUGCAAUGAUAGAUAAGGAAGUAGCUGCUGGGACUGAUCCUAAUAAUGUAUUUGUGUGUGGAUUUAGUCAAGGAGGUGCCUUGACCUUGGCUAGUGUUCUUAUGUACCCAAAAUAGCUUGGUGGGGGUGCAGUCUUCAGUUGAUGGGUUCCUUUCAAUUUUUCAAUGAUAGAAAAAUUCCCAGAAGAUGCAAAGAAGACACCUAUUUUGUGGUCUCACGGCAUGGCUGACAGAACUGUGCUUUUUGAGGCUGGACAAGCAGGGCCCCCUUUCCUUGAACAAGCGGGAGUAAGCUGUGAGUUUAAGGCUGACCCUGGUCUUGGCCAUUCAAUAAGCAACGAUGAGCUGCAGUUCCUCGAAUCAUGGAUCAAGACUCGUCUACAAAGUUCAUCAUAGAGGUUUGAUUAUCUUGAGAA